AAUUCAUAUCCUUUGUUAAAAGUGCUUUUUUGUUGUCAUGUUCUCCUUAGAUCGUCAUGAUUGACAUAUUACUUACGGGAGCCGUAAUUGGCUCUACGUUUUUCACUCUUUUUCUUCUGACCUUGCCAUCACAAUAUGAUCCUGCUGUUGAAAAACACAAUGUUGCCUCUAAUGAGCGCAAAGAAGAUGAACAAUCCAAUAAUAAACUCAAAGCCAGAGUGCAGAUUCUUGUCCUCGGGGAUAUUGGCCAGAGCCCACGCAUGCAAUAUCAUGCCCUCAGUAUAGCAAAAAAUGGCGGCUUUGCAGAGAUAAUCGGAUAUCGAGAGUCCGAUCCACAUCCUGGCCUUCUGACCAACUCUUCAAUUGCUAUCACGCCUAUUCCACCGCCUCCGAGGCGGUUUCAAACGAGCAACAAGCUCUUAUUCCUUCUGUUUGCGCCUUUAAAAGUCAUUUGGCAAAUUUGCUACCUCUGGUUUAUUCUGGGCUACCGAACCAAGCCUGCAAAGUGGCUGCUUCUUCAGAAUCCACCUUCAUUGCCUACUCUUGCCAUUGCCAAGGCUAUGUGUUUCCUUCGAAACACUAAGCUCAUCAUUGAUUGGCAUAACUUUGGCUACUCAAUUCUCAGCCUUAAGCUUGGCCCUGCUCAUCCCCUUGUAAAAAUAUCGAAAAUCUACGAGUUCUUUUUCGGCCGUAAUGCUACUGCCCAUCUUACUGUCACAAAGGCCUUGUCGGAUGUUCUUACGCAAGAUCACGGAGUGACAUCACCUGUUCUGGUCCUUCACGAUAGGCCUGCUGGACAUUUUCAACCCCUUUCCGUGAACCGGCGCUCUACGGUUCUUUCGAGUCUGGGCGUCACUGCCCCUUAUGCCGACUCAAUCCGGAACGGUGCGACAAAGCUCAUUAUAAGCUCAACCUCCUGGACGCCAGACGAGGACUUUUCGCUCUUACUUGAUGCACUGGUGGAUUAUGCAGCUCGUAGCACUACAAGAGCGACAAAAUUGCCGAACAUCUUGGCCGUUAUCACCGGAAAAGGUCCUCAAAAGGAAUACUAUCUCUCGCGGAUUGAUACCCUCAAACGUGAAGGGAAGUUGCUUAAUGUCACCAUUCUCACCGCAUGGUUGACGAUUGAGGAUUAUGCCUCGUUGCUGGCUGCGGCAGAUCUCGGAGUUUCUCUGCACACUUCUUCAUCUGGAGUUGAUCUGCCGAUGAAAGUCCUUGAUAUGUUUGGCGCAGGUCUCCCUGUUGUCGGAUGGGACAAAUUCGAGGCUUGGCCCGAGCUAGUACAUGAUGGUAUAAACGGAAAAGGAUUCAGAAGUGUGGGCCAGCUCACUGAUCUCUUUGUCACUCUCCUUGGGGCAGAUGGCACCCAACUAAGCAUUCUCAAAGAUGGCGCUCUUCGGGAGGGUCAUAGGCGUUGGGACGAUGAGUGGAAUCCUAUUGCAGGGAGAUUAUUAGAUCUCUAUACAGACUAGAUAUAUUAUAACACGUAGUUCGGCGCCCUGCCUGUGAUAUUAGAUGUUAGAAGAGGCCCUCAACUAUAAUAUAUCUAUCCAAUCGACU